UAGUCAACAAGCAAGAAAUUCUCUGUUUCGCAGACCACUGUAUCAUAUUCUACACCAUAAUUAGGGUUUCAAUUUGGGGCGAAAAAAAAAAACCAGAGAAAAGGAAGAAGAUGAGAUCGGUAUGGUGUUUGAUUGUUCUAAUUUUCUCCAUUAGUCUCUUAUACGGCGUCGUCACUUCCUCUCAGAUAUUAUCUGUUCACGCAGGCGCAUCAUUCAGUCAAAGUUCUAAAGAACCAAAAUAUAAGGUUGAGUUUCAUUCAGAAGACUCACCUUUCCAACCGGAUGAUGACCAGGAAACUAUUCUUAUGCCCAACAAAAACGGGGAGAAGUUCCUCUGUUAUUUGCCUAAAGUCAAUAAACCGAAGAUUGGUAAACCAGUGACAACCAAUAUAAGCAGUUUGGUCGUGGACACUGAGAAACGCAUCAAGUUGAAGACGCCAGAUGAACUACUUGAAGUACUGAAGGAUAAAUGCCUUGUCAGGCAAGAAGGGUGGUGGUCAUAUGAAUUCUGUUAUGAGAAGAAGUUGAGGCAAGUUCAUUUGGAGGAUGAAAAGUUGGUUCAAGAAUUUAUCUUGGGUUAUUAUGAUGCUGAGGCUACCGCAGCUUAUCAUCAGAAGCACUCAGAUAAUUCAGUACUAAAGGAUCCCCGUUCGAAAGAUGCAUCACAAAGAUAUCAUGCUCAUAUAUAUACUAACGGAACCGUAUGUGAUUUAACAAAUGAAAAACGACAGACAGAGGUGAGGUUUGUUUGCUCAGAGCCUAGAGCAAUGAUAAGCUCUAUAACUGAAUUGUCCACCUGCAAGUACGCUCUCACAGUACACUGCCCAACCCUCUGCAAACACCCGCUCUUUCAAGAAGAAAGGUCAGUGUGGCAUACCAUUAACUGUAAUACACUUCCAAAAGAUUUCAGAGAAACGAAAGUUGAAGAUAACUUUGAAAAUGAAAAGAUCGCCAUGGUGACAGGCUCAGUGUAUCAGCCUUCGAUUGAUUCAGACGAGCACGUGAGAGCGGAGGAAGACAAUUCAGAUGAUGAAAAUAUCACCGUAGCAACAUAAUACAUACAUGACCUAUGAAGGAAUUUACUGCAGAAAUGUUACAUUCAUCGACUUAUCGAUAUCAAGCUGCUAAGCCUCAACUCUCUUUCUACUUGUUUAUCUGAUUCAGUAUAGAACUUUUUUGAAAGGUACAACACAUUUUUCUUAAGGUACAGGGAUAGAAGUCAGAUUUGUUGAGGAAACAUGACCCUAAUGUUAUAAUAUAAGAUGAUAUUUUA